GCCGGGGCCGGGGCCGGGGCCACCGCCACCGAGUCGGAGCUGAACCUGUCUCGCCUGGGGGUGUCCCCGGAGGCCCUGGCGCAGGAGUUGGAGGUGCGGGCCGAGGAGCGGCGGGGCUCCCGCGAGACGCAGCGGCUGCUGCUGCCACACAACCGACUGGUGUCGCUGCCGCGGACCCUGGGCGCCAGCUUCCCGCAGCUACAGCUGCUCGACGUGAGCGGCAACGGGCUGGUGGCGCUGGGGCCCGAGCUGCUGUCCCUGCGCUGCCUGCGCACGCUGCUGGCCAAGAACAACCGGCUCGGCGGCCCCGGCUCGCUGCCUAAGGGCCUGGCCCAGGCGCCGCUCUGCCGCACCCUGCAGGUGCUCAACCUCAGCGGCAACUGCUUCCAGGAGGUGCCCCCCGCGCUGCUCGAGAUGCGGGCGCUGCAGACGCUCAGCCUCGGCGGCAACCAGCUGCACACCAUCCCGCCCGAGAUCGAGAACCUCCAAAGCUUAGAGUUUUUAUACCUCGGAGGGAAUUUCAUCAAAGAGAUCCCACCUGAACUAGCAAACUUGCCUUCCUUAAAUUAUCUGGUCUUGUGCGACAACAAGAUUCAAAGUGUACCUCCUCAGCUAGCCCAGUUGAAUUCCCUUCGUUCCCUUAGCCUCCAUAAUAAUCUCCUGACAUACCUGCCUCGGGAGAUCCUUAGCCUAGUUCAUUUGCAAGAGUUAAGCUUGCGAGGUAAUCCCUUGGUGGUUCGUUUUGUCAGAGAUUUAACCUAUGACCCUCCAACUCUCCUGGAAUUAGCUGGUCGGACCAUUAAAACUCGAAAUAUUUCCUACACUCCUUGUGACCUUCCUGGAAACCUUGUUCGAUACUUGGAUUUGGCCAGCAACUGCCCAAACCCAAAGUGUGGAGGUGUCUACUUUGAUUGCUGUGUUCGACAAAUCAAAUUCGUGGACUUUUGCGGGAAGUACCGGCUCCCCCUGAUGCACUACCUGUGCUCUCCGGAGUGCUCUUCCCCAUGUAGCUCGGCUUCUCACAGCUCCACAUCCCAGAGUGAGUCAGAUUCAGAAGAUGAGGCGAGUGUUGCUGCCCACAGGAUGCAGAAAGUUCUUCUUGGAUGAGAAAGUUGAGAAGUGUGAAUAAAACCUGAAGACUGGAUGGAAUGGUUAGGAAAACCACCAAUGCUAUAACUUGAAGUUACUGAAAAAGCAAUAAGAGCUUUUGAGAUUUGAGAUUUAUAACCUCAUUUUCAUCUUGUGCUCAUGGCUCAGCUGAAGAUGAUCUGGACACACCUUGUUUGUGCCAAUUUAUUCAACAGGAAUUAAUCUCAUUCCAUAUGUGGAUUCCUUGAAUUUAUAAUUUGCACAGAACUGCCAUUUCAGAUUUGUUAUAAAAGACAUUGUGAUCUGUAGUCUGCUUCUUUUUGUAUGUGAGAAAUGGCAUGUAGCAAAGUGGUUUAUUCUGAGGUGCCACUGCUAUGAUAAACUAUGGUAUAAUUUUGGGGGAGAUGUUGGGCUGGAAACAGAAGGCAAAACCCAGUGUUAUAAUUAUCAGUCAUCUUUGUGUCCCUCCACCCCACCAUACCACAACCUGAGGAUUAUUCUACCUUCAUGUAAAAUCUACAUGAAUAGAUUCUCAAAUGAUUUUAUGGGACCUAUCACCUCUUGUGUCUUUUGGGAUCUUCAAACUCUGGUAAAAGUUUGAAGACCAUAAUUUAUGUCUAGGCUUUGAGAACCUAUGUUCCUGCUUCCUUAUUAGAAUGCUGCUGUUAUCCUCAUUUCCUCUUAUUCUACCUCUGUCAUGGCUUGUGUGUAUAGUGCCUUGAGCUUAACAAGGGCAGCUUAUCCCACAUUUGGUGCUACCACAGCCUAUAGCCUUAUCUAUGUAUACUAUGCAAGGAACCUUACAGUGUGCUUUUAACAGUGCUAGUAAAGCAAUUAAAUUCCUAAUCAUAAUCUAAGCUCAUAACUGCCUUCCAUUGUUUUCCCCUUCCUUUUUAAACAAAGAUUCCUAGUAAGUAAAUUACUUUGCUUCUUAAGAGGGAGCAUUCUAAUUUCCAAUAUGGAAGAAGCAGAAUAUAUGAAAAGUUGCAAGAACAUUUUUGCCUCCACCAUAAGAUAGCAAAAUUGAUUGAGACCUUCAUAACACCAAGUUAAAAUGACUUUGUGCAUUCAUUUCCUUUGCUAGAUUCUUACAUUCAUAUUUUUUUAUAGGAAAACUAAGAAAACAUUAGAACCUUGGGGUUGUAUGUUUAGUGCACAUAUAUUGUGGAAUAACCGUAAUGCCAUAUAUUUAUGUAGCACUUAAGAAAAUGCCUUUCCGUGAUUGCAUUUAGUUCUCCCCACAGUCUCAUAAAGAAGCAGGAAUGAAUAGUAUUCCCACUUGGGUAUUAAGUGACUUGCAUGGGACUAGAACCUCUUCUAACUCCCAGUCCAGUGUUUUUUCCACUAACCAGGCUGCUUCUCACUUUACCAGGCCAGUUUAUGCCAAAUAAUGUGAUUAUGCACUUUUUUUUUGUAUUGGAAAGUUUACUGGAGAGCAUUACAGAUGUAAUUUGCUUGGUAUAAAGUACUGGUUAAGGUAAAACAAAUGGGACAGAAAGAAGAAUGAAUUUAUUUAGCAAUCCAGAAUUCACGUGAGCCAAGUGAAUGCUUCAAAAUUGAGGAUAGGUCCAAACAGGCUUAAAAGCAUUUAGAAGUAGGUUCUUGGUUGGUUGCGAUGGCCCAAAUCAUUCAUUUUCUGGACUUUGGUAUCUUACCAUGGCCUUUGUCCCUUUGAAAUAGAAUAUUCAGUAAUAAUUAAAAUUAUGAAAUAAAAGGGAACCAAGCUCUUUUCCCAUAGUUCAAACUCUCCUUGUUUCCUAAUUACCUAAUGACAGACUCCUAUAUGUGCUCUUUAAUGCACAUAUUAAUGCAUUAAUGCAUUAAUGGAAGCACAUUUUCCCAUGUAGGGAAGGUGAGACCACUGAUGUCAAUUUUUUUCAGGUAUGAAUGGGUACAACCAGAAAAAUGAUUUUUCUUCUUUGUAAUACAGAUGUGUGACAAAGUGGGUUUGAACAAAAAUGAUAGGGCGCUGUAUACAUUUGGAGUACUCUGUGUGUGUAUGCAACUUAUAUGGCCGGUUUAUAAUUAUCUUUGGUAAAUGGAAUCAACAGAUGGCUGAAAAUGAUGUUUUGGGGUUAUUUUGAUCUUCUCUCACACCAAACUUUUUCCAUGAAUUUAUGAUAAGUUUGACCUUCUUCCAGAAGGCAAAGCAACCAGCCUCGUGGGGAGGAUACAAAGGAAGUGGAGGCUCUAGGGUCCAAAUAAUCAGUCCCUCUAUAUAUAGAGUUCACUCUAUGGUAAAAUAAGUUUCUAUCUCUUUAAUUUCUACAGUCAUGUUACUAUGUUUAAGCUAUAAUUUUAGGUCUUUUUUUUUUACCAAAAAAACUACAUUUUUAUGUUGAAAUAAGUUUUUUCUAAUCCGUACAGUUUAGUUAUUGUUAUGUCUUGUGCGUAUAAUUUAUCAGAUUAUUUCAAAAUUUUAGAAUACAUUUUUUAAAAUUUUAGUUUGUGUGUUCUUAGGCAUAUUCUAGAAAGUCUAAUUUUCACAGCAUUACUGAACCAAUUCUGAACAUGUUCCCUGUCUGGCCAUAACCUCUAAUAUUAAUCUUGUCUUCCUGUUUUGGGGAGUCAGACUGACAACCCUGACUGCAUUCUAGUAGAGGAAGUAGAUCUACUAGCUUAUAUUUAACUUUGCAUGUACCAUAUAAAAGAGAGGCAUCAUUUAUUCUUAGUAAUUUUCCUAGAUUGCAAACUCACAGAAUUGCUCCUAUAGGGCACUUCUGAACAUUUGGUUAUUUUACAUUGCCAAAUUUUGAUUGUGGUACUUCUAUAAUUAACAGCUCCUGCUCACUAGGGGAAUGUCACAUUGUGUACCCCAGCCCUGUUAGAAAUUGUGAAUUCAUGGAUAAGAGAAAGGGGAUUUGGAGGUGGGGGAUAGAAGUGGGACAAUCUCCAUAAUGAGAUACCAAAGCCCAGAAAAUGAAUGCUAUUUUUAGACUGUAUUGUCCAUUUUAUCACAGAAUUAGCAAAUCUUUUAUCAUCGAUGUUCAGUUUGGGAUUUUUCUAUGGGAUUUUUCCCAUCUCUGAUGUAAUAAUGAGUCAGUGGGAAGUAGGAUUUACUUAACAGUUGGAAUGCUGCUUUGAAGGAGUAAGACCUCAUUAAUUUGGAAUUUGUGGUCAUUAAGGCAGAAUUGGGCUGAAGUUUUAUAUACUUUUGUGGAAUCUAAGAAAAGAGAAAUGUCUAAGCAAAUUAAGAGGCUAUGCAAGGUUUGACCUACUUAAAGGAGACCUUUUUUAAAGCACUUUAGCAUUAGCCAUUUUACAAAAAUGCACUAAUCAUAAUUUGACACCUGUUAAAUAUCAAGUAGUACCUCUUUUGGCUGUGUUAUAUAUGCUUAAACAAUAAAACUCUUUGUUUUUGAAAUGUUAUGUUUACAUUAGAUUGCCCUUCUCCCCAAUUAGGCCAAAUUAGUGACUUUUUAUUAUAAUAUAUGUAGUCUAAAAUAGCCAUGAAAACCAUGUUGAUUUCCAGUCUGUCUAAUAAUCUGAGUCCAAAUACCUCUGGACUAUCUCAGUACUAUCCUAUUUUAGGCAAAAUGUACCAUUAUAAAAUGAUAAUCUCGUAGUAAUUUCAGUGUAGUUAUGUGUUCCAACACUAUGUGUGUAAACAACUAAUAGACCCAACCCUGUUGGGAAUACUACAUUCCAUUAUAAGAAGGGCUAACAUGUUUGGGACCUCCUCAUCACUCCAGGGCUAGAGUUUGAGGAAGCAACGACUGGCUCUAAAGCCUUUCCUUCCCCAGGAAGACUUAGAGCCCUGAGACCAGGACUGUAGGGCCGUAUGCAAUCACAAGUGCCUUGAAUGAAAACUUAACAGAUAAUCUGAUAGGUGGACAAGUUUCUGGUACUAGUAAAAGGUAGUAGCAGUUCUCAACAACUUAACAUUUAAAUUGUUAAAUAGUAACACUUUUUUCUUUUAUCGGAAAAAUUGCAAUAUCUUGUUACAUUCUUUUCCUUUGUAAAUGCUGUAAUUAAAAAGGAGUAUGAAAUAGUUUAUAAUAUACAAGUGUAUGUACAUAUCUUAUUCUUUUUCUGUUUCUCCUUAGUCCAUAUUUACUAAGAAUUGAAGCAAAAGAUACUGUAUAACUGGUAAUCAGUUUUAUCAAACUUGUAUUGAACCACUCACUGCUUUGGGUGCCAUAAGGUUUACAUAAUCUUAGAUGUGGUCCUUUUACUUGAGGACAUUAUUCAAUCCAAAAGCUAAUAAAAUAUUGUUUUGAGCA